CACGAGUGGAUGUAGGCUUUGACGUCAGCAAGGAGGGAAGGCCAAUGGAAAUAACGGGAGAUGGUAUCAAAGGUUUUCUGGAAACCAAGGUGGCCAGCGGUCUUGGCGUCGUGGUGCUCGGCCAAGAGCUGGGUGCGGAGGCCACGGGUGUCAGGGAUGCAGAGUUGGCGGGUGCCUUUGGUUUCAAUGUAGAGAAGGUUGUCGUGGAUGGCGAAGCCGGAGACGGGGUCGAGGUUACGGAGUUUGUUGUAGAUGGUGGAGAAGUCGGGGCAAGAGAGGUAUCCUUGGGUGUAGCGAUGGUGGAGCGAUGGCAGGAGUCGGAUGUGGGUCAUGGCGGCGUAGACUUUCUCAAGGGGCUUGUGGUUGGGGCAGCGGGAGAGGGCAUCGGCAACACGGUUGCUUUUGUCGGGGGUGUGGCAAAUGGUGAAGGUAAAUUGGGCAAGGAAGUCGAGCAAGCGGGCUUGGCGAGGGGUGAUGUCUUUCUUGGUAAGAAUAGAGGAAACGACGGUGUUAUCGGUACGGAUGGUGAAAUAUUGCCCGUCGAGGUAUUCUACGCUAGAGGCAGCAAAUGUGCAUUUGCUGAGCUUGGCGUAGAAUUUCUGGUCGUGGAGAAUGGCGAGAACUUGGCGGAGAUGAUCAAGGUGGGACUCGAAGGUGGGGCUAAAAACAAGGAUGUCGUCAAGGUAGAUCACGACACAGACUUCGAGGAGGUCGCGGAAGAUGUGGUUCAUGGUGGAUUGGAAUGUGGCGGGGGCGUUGGUGAGACCAAAAGGCAUUACGAGAAACUCGUAGUGCCCGAAGCGGGAGCAGAAGGCGGUUUUGUAGGUGUCCUCCUCGGGGAUGCGGAUCUGGUGGAAGCCACUGCGGAGGUCGAUCUUGGUGAAGUAUUUGGCUCCAAGGAGGUGAUCAAGAAGUUCGGAUAUCCGGGGAAGCGGAUACUUGUUCUUGAUCGUGACCCGGUUCAAGGCGCGGUAGUCCGUGCUCAUGCGGAGUUCUGAGGUGCCGUUCUUCUUGACGAAGAGACAGCUGGUACCGAAGAAGGGAGGAGCUAGGCUUAAUGAAUCCUUUUUCAAGGA